GUACUGCAUCAGGCAAAUUGCAAUAUGGCGUGUGUAGCUUGGCUGUUUUUAUAAUCACCUAGUACCGUAGCUUCAAAAGUCUGGACAACCCUCUCUCUGAGAUGAUGCCAGCCUCACGACGGACGACGAACACUAAGCGAACAAUUCUCCGGUUUGAACUAGAGAGCAUUUGCAUAGAUGACCGGCCGAAUGUGUUCAGGGAACCGCAGCUGGUGCUCAAGCCGCAGCUUGAGCUUGCACCGCGCAGGCCAUACACCGGCUCUCGACCGCGGAUGCCACUGUGGCGCCAUUUUCUGAUGGUGCAUGUGAAAGACAAAGCGGAUGAGCUGGUGAAGCUGGACCUGGCUAGUUUCAAGGAGCCUUCAGCGGACGCUACCCCGGUCCAACGCUGUACUGUCACCUGCUUCUCCCCGGAGUGCUCGCUUCUUUUCCGCUAUACCAAGGAAGCGGAAAAUGACGGGUCCUCCACCCUUGGCGUCACGUUGAAGAACUCAUUCGAGCUCGAUACUCUCUUGCGUGAACUCAGCAGCCUAGGCAUCAAGAUUGACCAUGAACAGGCUGAUGAAGAUCGUUAUCCCGCCCCAGGGUCCUUCCCCGCCGGAUCGUUACCGGGACCAAACCCAAACAUGUCACCAGGUUACAGGCCAUCCAGCAACCCCCGGCACCUGUACAGUUCAAGCCCCCCUUUAACUGCGGCGUCCGCAUCACAAGGUUUGCAUUGGCCAUACUUGGAAAGCCAUCUACAUGGAGUUCAGGUACAACGGACUCCUAGUCAACCGCUAGGUUACCCCGCGGGUUUGCAGGCAAGCCAUCGGCCUUGGUCACCAGCGUUCGUGCCACUACGGCCAGCGUCGGCCCUGGGCGUGCCUGGGGUUCUCGGAGAAGGUAUCUACAAAGUCAGCAAGAUAGGGUCUGUCUCAUCAAGUCGGCCGAGAGUGAGACGGACCUCAACAGUACUGGAACCUCACGGUCCUAGGCUAUACACUGUCUCGAGGCAUUUUGACAAGACACUCAACAGGGCGGAUGUCUUGCUCUCAUCGAGAGCCCAGCAUUUGAGUAGGGGGCUGUCACUAGACCCACGGGCCGGCAAGUCAGCAAAUCAUCCAACUGGGUCACCUGUCAUGAAGCCCCUGGACGCUGAAAGCCACCGCAACCUUGGACAAGCAGAUCCGGUUAUGGACCCUCUUACCAGGGCACCAGGCGUUCUAGAAGGUGUACCGGCGGCUGUCAGACACCAAUCGACGCUGAGACGCCUGCAGACGAUCGACGAUAUUUCAAGGCCAAGCAUGUCUACCGGUUUUGAUGGUGUGGACUUCCAGCAUUGUUCUGAAAAUGCCAGGGUUGCGUUCUCCCAGCCCGAAACGUCGUCAAAGACUGGAGGAUCCGUCGACGAUGCUUCUAUUCCAGCGUCAAGUCAGACAUUGUUUGAUCUGCCACUUAUACCAAACGAUGACUGGCUGCUGCGGGUCUCUGAGAUCCAGCUUGAAGGGCUGUGUGAAGCGAGGAGGAUUUGGGAUGAGUUCAUGGAAAGGUCAGGCGUCAAGGCGGCAUCCACGGAGAGUUUAACGGAUUUAUCCAAGGCACUGGCAAAGUUUGAGAGCGAAUUCACGCGGAGGUGGGACGAAGCUGUAUCUGGCACUUUGCAGCAGAUGAGGGAUAUUCGAUCUGGACCGUAUGUACUCUGAGGGCUCAGACUUGCUUGUAUCUGGUACGCCAUAGCCAGCAGAAGUUGAUGCCUCUGUGCGUCUAUUCCGACAGAUGGAUGAAACGGAGCUCUCUUUGUAUCGCUCCGUAGCUUGGUAAUCUCACUGCCUUCGGCGUAUGAUCUCGAAACGACAACUUCACAUUCGGUUGGCCAC